ACAUACUUUUGCCUACCCAGCCCUUAACACCGCUCUUUAACAGCUUUGAAACUUUUGAAUUGUUUACAAAAUGGAGUAAUUACGUUUAAAAAUAAGUUAAAAAUAACAAAUUUGUUCCAGUUUGUGUGCUUUACUAGUAGUGAAAUUUUCAGGCUUUUGGUCUAUUUAUUUCGGAGUGAAAAAUUGAUUUCAAAGAAGAUACAAGUGAAAACAAUGAAGCCACCAUGUGACAGGAUUUACAAAACAAAGUUUUCCUAACUGUUUGCGUUUAUUUGCUUCGAAAGAAACAUGUUUUAUAAAAUCAAUUAAUCAAAGUAUUCAUCAAAUUAUGGAGGGAUUUGCGAUCAGAAAUAGAAGCGAAGACCACUCAAUUAACGAAAGAAACGAUCCAAGAAAUUUUAGCAAUUGUAUUCCAAUGGAGGGAUUAACAUCAACUCAUCCAAAGAUGGAAGAAAUUUUACAAAACAUUAACGAGUGCAAUAUAAUUCGUUACGCGUCUCAUAGAACCGCUUCAAAACUACAAAUUUUACAGAAGAAUUUACACAUGCAAAAUGUUCAAUUGAAAUUGAUAGCCGGCAUUUUUGAACGUCAUCGACUUUCAGUGACUGAAAAUUCUGUGAAUUUAGAUUGCCAUGAAGUGGAGGAUGUACUGUCGGAUAUAUUUUUUGCCGCACAGAAGGAAGCGGGCAUUAAUUUCAAUGUUGAUCAAGUCACAAAAUUGGCGAUAAAUUUUAUUUUUAAAAUAUUUCACAGAAACUAUGAAGACAAUAUUUUAGUAUUUUCGGUAAAAGUUGCAUUGACAUUGUUGAGUUCAGCAAAAUUGGAAGAGAAAUAUGGUUAUUUAUUUCAUCAGCUUGCGGAUCAUAAUGCUUGUUUAUCUGAAGCUGCACUAUUCACGAUGUUGACGAACAUUUGUAAAGUAACGGAAAUGCUCGGCGAGAGUGUUGCUUACGGAAAUCAUUUGAUUCGCUCGACAGUUGCUAAUUGUUUCAAAGAGUGUCAAGGAUCGCUUGGUAUAACUGAAGCAGAGUUCUCCAAAUGGCUAAUGGAAGAACCUCCACUACUGACGUGGAUUUCAACACUAAAUCGCUUCAAAUCAGCCGAAAAUAUUAUUCACAAUAUUAAAUGCUCCACAUGUAAAGUAAAUCCAAUAUCCGGACCACGAUAUUCUUGUUUGAGAUGUUCGGGCUAUCAUCAAUGUCAAAAGUGCUUUUUAUUUGGUAAAACAUCGGGAAAACAUAAAUUAAAGCAUCCAAUUCGUGAAUAUUGUAUAAAAGCGUCGAAUAAGGAAGUAACGAAAUUAGUUUUUGAAUUGAUACGUAAUAAAUUAAUGCUCUGUCCUUCGCGCUCUGUUAUGAGUGCAUUGGAAACUUCACUGCCCGAUAUGGAUGAUAGAAAUCAAAAAACCGCUUUCGAUUCCAUAUCAGUUAGAAGUACCAUUAAACGAAGAAUAUGUAAUGAUCCGCAGAAGGAAUUACAAAAUAUUAUCAGCAGUCUAGAAGAGGAGAAUAGACAAUUGCAAACAGAAUUACUCAAAAUAAAUGAUUCUAAAUUCGGAAGAUUGCAGAAUCAUCGUGUUGCCAUACAAUCUCAAUUAGAGCGUCUUAAAGUUUUGAAGAAUUGUCUUUUUAAAACUCCACCGGGACCAAAUUUGCUGCAAAGCACACCAAUGAUUCAUCCAGCAGUGUCGCGAAUUACACGCUUGCCAAUGGCAUUUGAAUUGAGUCCAAUUGUUCGUCAAGCAAGUGGUAAAAAUGAUAAAACGUCAUCAAAAAAUGACAUUGAUGAAUCAAUGUCCCGACAUUUUUCGGAAAGAACGUCAACAGAUUCGGCAUUUAAUGAAUUGUCAGCGGAACGUCCUCAAAUGGAAUUAAGUACAUGGAUUGGAGGAGGUAAAUGUGAUUUUACACCAAAGGAAAGUGGAUUUUCUCAAUGGUUUGCUUGCUCAUCGGAAGAAAAUAGCAAUAGACAUGGGGAUAAAAGAAUUUUCGAUAACAAUUUCACUUUAUCAAAGAAGCCAAAUUAUUUGUCUCCAAAAAAUGUGCCUCGUGAUAAUUCAUUGUAUUCUAUUCAAGAAUCCAAAAAACGCUCUCAACGCAGUGGCAUUGAAAAUAUUCAAGGAGAUCUCAACGAUAUUUUGGAUAGAUUACAAAAUAUGGUGACCAACGAUUGUUUACUUGAUGAAAGUUUGAGUGUCGACAAUAAUUGUGAAUUGAAACGCGCCGCAACCGAAAUGGAAGAUUUAUUAACAGGAUUAAUUGAAGGAAUGGAAUCUCGUAAAACGAAAUUGGCAACGAUUGUUUAAAACUGUGAUUCUUAUUUCUAUACCGUCCAUAAUUGUGUAUUUUUAAUCUAAAUACGUCUAAUACUUGAAUUUUAAGUGAGAAUAUUUUAAUCAAGAAUAUUAAUUGAAAUGGAAAUAAUUCCACACGUGCUGUUUUUUAUACUCUACACAGAUUAUUAUUUACUCCACUUUUAUUAUUAUAUUCUAAUAUUAUAAUUAAGAAGUAUUAUAACAUUCUAUUAUUGUAUGUUACUACUAUUAGUCUGCAAAGUGCAAAAAAAGAUGUGUGUAUAAAAAAAACUCGCCGAGAGUGAAAAACUAAAAAAAAUGAUUUAUCGCAUAAAGUCAAUAUAUUAAAAGUGAAAAACAGAGUUUUUCACAAGUGAUGAUUUUUAUGUCAUUAGAAUUUUAAGUGAAGCACAAAAUAACGAAUAAGAUUUUUUACGCAACGAUAUAGGGAUCAUACUUUUGUAGAUGACCCAAAACAUAAAUUUACUAUAAAUAAAAAACCAUUUUAUGUAAA